AUGGCAGUGGACUCGUACGUGGAGGUUCUGGAUCAGAUGGUGAAACUUUUCAAAGUUUACAAACCUGGUGAAGUAACGCUGGAGAACAUUCUAAGGCUGUGUCAGACUCUUAACCUCGAAUCGUUUAUUGAGGAUGUUGGCGAGGGUACAGAAAGGCUGUCGACUGCGUCGAAGAUCAUCGUGAUCGAUAUCGAUUUCGAUAAAAUGGAGGGGAAAGUAAAGCAGGUGAAGCUGGUCCUGGCGUCCACUUAUAAUUCCUUCAACUACUACGCUCCAGACGCUACAGGGAACCCAAACAAGGAGGACAACAUUCUCUUGAACUCGCUGGUUAACUUUGCAGACCUGAAGCAGUUCCAAGCGAAUUUGCAGUUUUUGUACCUGCUGGACACAUAUUCCCAAUUGGAUAUGGAGAACGGCAGUAGCACUACCAACGGGCACGGCAAUAACAAUAAUGCUGACAGCUCCGCUAACUCCACCAACCCAAUAGGCGGUGGAAACUCAUUGAGUUCCACAACCAAAAACGGGAAACUCGAUCUAUUCAAAUACUACACCGAAUUGGUGGAAUUCUUAGGGCAGUAUUUCAUAGACUUCAAUAUCCAAUUGGAAGUCACGCCUAAUCUGAACAGUAUCUUUGGUAUAUAUAUACACAGUGGGGACCAAAUACUAGCGGUGAUUAAGCUAGCCAAGGCAAAAUCCCCGACUACCAGAUUAUACGAGUACGUUUACUCAAAGGAAACGAAACGCUGGAUCAACGAGUUCCCAGAAAAUUACGUUAACGGGCUGAGUCUGGUGAUGGAGAUCCAAGAUAAGGCUGUAUGGUUUCCUCGAGAGUUUCUGUCCGAGGAUAUAAUAUUUGAAAGGUUGAAAGACGAUGACUUUGUCGCACCGAUUGUCGACGUUCUCAUCAAUAACACUACUGAGGGUGUCAAUGGUUCAAUUUCUAACAGAUUGUUUAAUACAAGUCAAAAUAUCAGCCUCUUAAACGAUUUCACGACAAAACUAAUCAAUGUCACAAAGUUUGAUAUCAGCAACGACAAUCUGGACCUCGUUGCGGAGAUACAAAAAUGGAUCUUGUGGUACAACACCGUCCUGCAAAGAAUUGUUGAAACGUUAAACCGAAAUUCACUAAGGGGAGGAUCAUUAGAUGUCCCAAAUGGUGCAGAAAACAACGAAGAUGACCUUGGCAACAAACAUGGUGGCAGGUUAAGAAGACAAAGCAUAGUGGUAGGGUCAACCACCGUCCAUAAACGCAGAAAAUCCUCGAAUAAAAACAAGAGACCGAGCUUUACAGAGUCCACCAUGCUGAAGGAACAAGGCCUUCAGCAGUUUAAUCUUCACGAUAUUUUAACUCAGCCCGUAAUCGAGGAAAAUGGGAUGGACGCUUCAAACGAAGAAGCACUAGUUAUUGAAGGCGAUGACGAUGAUAAAAUGGAUAUAUGUGCAGAUGAUGAACAGGUACCGACCGCGGGGACAGCUAUGCACCAACUGGUGAUUAGUGAAGAUCAUAUAUCCUUGAACGGGAAGAUCAACUGUAGUCUAUAUGAACCUCCAGAAAACUGGAAGAAAUUCUUUCGUGCAUUCGAAACGUGGGCCUCAUAA